AUGAAGUUCACCAUCCCAGCUACUCUCGGCCUCAUGGUCUCUCUCUCCUCUGCUGCUGCCAUCUCUGGCACAGUCACCCUCAGUUACGACCCAAUGUUCGACAAUGCCGGUCUCAGUCUCACUCAGGUAGCCUGCUCUGACGGCACCAACGGCCUCAUCACCAAGGGCUUCACCACCGCCGGCUCUCUCCCCAACUUCCCCAACAUCGGUGGCUCCUUUGCCGUCGAGGGAUACAACAGCGCCAACUGCGGAAAAUGCUUCAAGGUCACCUGGCCCGUCCUCAACAAAUCCAUCUUCGUUACCUCCAUCGACAGGGCCACCGGCUUCAACGUCGCCAAGAGGGCUAUGGACACUCUUACCAACAACCAGGCCGAGCACCUCGGAAGAAUCAACGUCACCUACGAGCCCGCUAAACCAAGCGACUGUGGAUUCAAGGCUUAG